AUGUCAUAUUAUAAUCCAUAUGCUGGAUUUCCAACUUCAGGAGCAACCAUUGAUUUCCAACCAAAGGAUGGAGUCAUUCAUCGUGCUCGUGGAACUCCUCCUAGAAGAGUGGUUGUUGGGGCACCUCCACCCAUUCCAAAUGUAGUAUAUCCAAUUCCAUCUACCUAUCCACCCAAAGGAGUGAUGCGAGUUCCUCCAUCUCCCUAUGCACUCAAUGAGGCAUUUGUAACGCCACCCGGUGUUUCUGUUUCAUACAAUCCAGCCACUGGACAAUACUCUGCCUAUCAAACGCAAACCGUUGUAUCAAGUCAUGGAAUACCAGUUACCAACCCAUCUGCACCUGUCCCUGUUGCCUAUCCUCACCAACAACAGGCUCCUCCUCCAGCAGCAGCAGCUCCAGCAGCUCCAUCUCAAGAUGAAUAUUAUAAAUAUCUUCAACACCAACAACAACUACAACAACAACAAUUACAACAACAACAACAAAAAGAACAACAACAGAGACAACUGGAACAACAACAAAGACAACAAAGAGAGCAACAAAAACUACAACAACAGAGACAACUGGAACAACAAAGACAACAACAAAUGGAACAACAGGAGCAAUUAAGACAACAACAAAUAAGAAAUCAACAACAACAAGAUGAAAAACGUGAAAGAGAGAAACAACAAUUCCAUCAAGAACAGCAACAAUUGGCACGUCAAAAGGAACAAUUGGAACAAGAAAAAAUUCAACACCAAAAACAACAAGAACAAUACCAACAAUAUCAACAACAACUACUUUACCAACACCAACAACAACAACAGCAACAACAAAGACUUCAACAAGACCAAUUAACACUUCAACAACAACAAGCUCAAUUUGAACAUAGAAAAAGUCUUCACCUCCAAGAACAACAAUUUAUGAUGCAACAACAAUUUGAACAAACUAAAAUAUCAAAUGAUGAUGAUAGUAGUAUUAGUAGUAGUAGUAGUAGUAGUAGUAGUACUAGUACUAGUAGUACUAGUAGUACUAAUAGUGAUAAUUAUCGUCCAUCAAAACCAUUAAAUUCAUCACAAUCUCAUGCAAGCAUUCCUGUUGCUGCUACGGCCCAGGUUGUUUCCAAUGGUGAAAGAACAUCGUCUCAUUCCGAUUCCAAGAUUCUUAGAUCAUCUCAAUCGGUUGAACAUGUACCAUCUCAACAUCUUAGAACCAGUCCAAGUUCAUUUACUCAAACCAAGUUUUCAUCGUCUACCAAAGAAAAUGAUUCGCUUCGAGCAAGAAAUCGUGCCAAAAUCAUGCAGGAAUUGGUCUCUACUGAAGAGUCUUAUGCAGAUGCCAUUGAAAAUCUCAUUUUGGUUUACAAAUACUCUUUGGAAAGGGAUCCUGAUCUUCAUUCAUCUAUCAAUGUUUCAUCCAUCUUUUCCAACAUUGAAUCUCUUUUUGUGGUUAGCAAAGAUUUGAUUAAAACAUUAAAAGAAAGAAUUGCAAUGGCUCCAGAACUUCAAACUGUUGGAGAUGUUUAUAUUGAAAAGUCUAAAGAAAUGAGACUUUAUGUAGAGUAUAUUAAUAAUUAUGAAUAUGCAAUGAAAGAAUUGGAUAAAUUUGAACAUGAACAUCCAAAAUAUUUACAAUCAUUACAAAAAAAGAAUAAGUAUUCUUUAGAUAUUGCAAGUUUAUUAAUUAUGCCAGUUCAAAGAAUACCAAGAUAUGAAUUAUUAUUAAGAGAAUUAAUCAAGAGUACAGAUGAAGAUCAUAUUGAUUAUAAUAGUUUAAAGGCUGCUUAUGCUUCCAUUAAAGAUAUCAAUGUUUACAUUAAUAGUAAAAAGAAAUUAAGAGAAAAUAAGGACCGUGUAUUUACCAUUUGUCAAGAAGUAAAAGGAUGUCCUGUAAGUAAAAUUGAUACAUUAUUAUCAUCAUCUAGAAGAUGGAUCAGAGAAGGAAUUUUAAAAACAGAAUGUAGUAAUAGAAAAUAUCAUGGAACUUAUACUGUUUAUCUCUUUAAUGAUUUAAUUGUAUUGGCAAAACAUUGUGGAGUGUUGCGAAAAUCUAAAAAGUUGGAAUAUGUAGCAGAGAUUGAUCUAAUCAAUAGCGAGUUUAAAGAGAUUGCAGGCAAUGAAAGACAAUUUAGAUUUAUAUCAGAUCCAGAAGGUCAUUCUCCAACUAUCUUUACAUUCAAAGCUGUCAAUGCUAAAAACAAAGACAUGUGGAUUAGUGAUCUAAAAUUAUUAGAAGAAGAAAGAAAAAUUAAUCUUUCAAUUAGAUCAAUGAUUUAA